CUCCUCUCCUCCCUUCCCUCCGAGACGCGCGCGAUCGACGAUCGCCGAUAAAGAGUUAUCUACGAUCAUGCCCCGGUCGCACACGCGCGACGACGGACGACGACAACGACGACGACGACGAUCCGCUCGACUCCGUGCCGAACGCCUCGUACGCGCGCGCACCGAGUGAAACGCAAGUGUGUUUAUAAGGAAAGACGCGCUCCUUUUUUUUUCUUUCUCUCUCUCUCUUUAUUUCUCUCUUUCUCGCGCGCUUGCGUUCCCAUACACGCCGGUCGGCGCGUCGCGCGCACACGCCAAUAAAGAAUACCUUUCUCGCGAGUCCCGUGUCCCGGAGGUUUUGUUCUUCUGCUGGUACCGGAAGUGCCGCGCGAGUGUCGAAAAGUGCCGGAAGCGCCGGAGCCGAUUCCACAACGAGAGGCUACAACGCGACGCAACCCGGAACGUGAAUCGCAACGGAGGAUGAGCGCGGACCCAAACGCGCCGAGCGGAUAAACGCGCGAGCCAGGCAGUAAUACACAAAGUCGAGGGGAAGAGGAGGGAAGCGAUGGUGGUGGAGUGGCUGUGCCCUGGACUCAAGCCGGCCAGGAGCAACAGGCCCCGGCUUCUGCACUGCAAGGUGAUACUCCUGGACGAGCACGAAUUGCUGCAGGACGUCCUGAGCUCGAACCUGGGCCAGGAAUUGUUGGAUAGAGUGUUCAAGCACCUUAACCUGCUGGAAACUUCCUAUUUCGGAUUACGCUAUCUCGAUCACGGGAAUCAGACGCAAUGGCUCGAUCAAAGCAAAAAGCUCGGCAAGCAGCUGAAGAUUCACAAAGGAGAUCCCGGAUCGGACGUUCACACGCUCUACUUCGGUGUCAAAUUCUACGCGGCGGAUCCGUGCAAGCUCAUCGAGGAAAUUACCAGGUAUCAGUUCUUCUUGCAAAUAAAGCAAGACAUUCUGCAGGGAAGGCUGCCCGUGUCCUUCGAUCUAGCCGCAGAAUUGGGAGCCUACGUCGUCCAAUCGGAGCUUGGGGAUUACGAUCCUAGACGGCACUCGCCCGGAUACGUCACCGAAUUUCGGUUUCUCGCCAACCAAACCACGGAACUGGAGAAUCGCAUAGUGGAGAUCCACAAAACUCUUAUAGGACAAUUGCCUUCAGCAGCGGAAUUAAAUUAUCUGGACAAGGUGAAAUGGCUGGAAAUGUACGGGGUGGAUUUGCAUCCCGUAUUGGGCGAGGACAGCGUGGAGUAUUUUCUGGGCCUAACACCGAGCGGAAUAAUAUUGCUACGCAACAAGACCAAAGUGGGAAAUUAUUACUGGCCUCGAAUCAAUAAAAUCUACUAUAAGGGUAGAUACUUCAUGCUGAGGGUAAGCGAAAAGAAUUCCGAGGAGAGGACGCACGGCUUCGAGACGCCGUCGAAAGGGGCCUGCCGUCACCUCUGGAAAUGUUGCUUGGAGCAUCAAGCUUUCUUCCGAUUGAUGGCGACCGGCCCACCGCCCCUCAGUCCGUACUCCCGCUUCCACUCGUACAGCCCUCCGUCCACCUUGGAGAAGCACGCGGCCAUUAGGCGAAAUCCACCGCCGUUUCAGAGGACUCCCAGCCGGAGAGCGCAGCGACGAGUCGUCGAGGGACAGGAGAUGGUCGGUUCGUUCGUCGAAACGCCCGUCACCGUAAUCUCGAAUUCGGGCAGCAACAAUCCGUCCGGCGGCAACGUGCUGUGCAACGCGCAAAGGCAGCAGAUGAACACCUCGAGUCCGAGAAGCACGAGAAGCGCGCCGUGGACGCAGAGUCAGCCCCGCGGCCUGUACACCUCGUCUAGUCCUCGCUCCGUUCGAUCCGCGGGAACGGCGCCGGCACUCUUAAGUAGACUUCAACGUCGGAGCAGCUCGGUGGAGAGUCAAAGUUCGGGGGAUAGUCAUAGCCGCAGCGGCCACCGCAGGCGAAGUCAUAGUCAUAGUCAUCGUCGACAUAGCAGACAUUCCGAUUGCGAGUCCGAGCUCUCGAGGGGCUCCGACACGAGAUCCGGCCAUCGGAAGCAUCGCAGAAAACACAGGAACUCCCGCUCUUCCUCCAGUAGACACGAGUUGAUAGAUUCGGAACCGCAAUGGAGGGAGGCGCAGAAACGGAAAGAAGGUGUGCAAAAAGCUAUUGUAAGCCACACGGAGCCCAGAAGAAGACAUAGAAGCAGACAUCGAAGCCCUUCUCAGAAGCAGCCACUGCCGGAUGAACUUCGAAAACACUUGGAAUUUGGCCUAAUCGACACUAGCGGGAUGAGCGAGCAGCAACGCCGAGAGAUAUCCUACACGGUGGUACAGUCGCAAUCUGUACAGCAACCCCCCUUACAGUCUAACAAUUCUCGAUUGGACGACAUAGAUUCAUCGUCCCUGCCUAGAACUGUCGGAUCCGUUGGCAAAAGAGAAAGAAGACACAUGCGGCAUUAUCGUGAUGGAAGUUAUAACUUGCUGUCGGCAACGUCCAAUCGAGUCGAGGCAAAGUCUCCCGAGGCUCGAAGCGAAUAUAGCACGAGGAGGGAUUUUUAUUAUACUCGUAGCAACCGAGUGUCAAUAGGCAAUAAUGCGGACAGUGGACUCGGGGAAAGCACGCCGCAGGACUUUUCAAGCUGCUGCUCAAGUUCUGCCGACAGCAAUAAACCUAUUCACGUAACACAAUUGCAAUUAGGGGGAGAGGUACACUAUGAAUUGCCUUCAAAUCAAGAAAUCUACCCUCCUGUUGACACUACUCUGGACGCUGUUCUCCAACCCAUUAUAUCAACAUUAACGAGGAGGCAACGGGGCCGCCCGAAACAAUCGUAAAACUUUAACACAAAACGAAACAGUUUUUAUAUGCACUUGUUUUACAUGUAAGAUAACGUUCAUACCUUAAUUAAAAUUGAUAUCUGUGGAUCGUUGGAUCGUGUGAGGCGGAAAAAGAAAGAUAUUGUUGAAUAAAAGUAGCAUGUUUUAGUCUC